AAUUGCAUCACUGUGUUUGAGUAUAUUCUCGCUGCGUAGUAACGGGUGGAUUUACAAAAAUAACUUUCACUUCGCAUAGAAAAAAUGUACUUGCUUUGAUGUUUAUGUAUGAACGGUCCCAGGCAUAGUAGUUUCUGAAGGAACAAUUCGAGUAGAAGCGGCCAAAACGACACGAACUUGUGGUGUGGUACGUGCGUGAAUAAUGUUUUUGUGUGAACCAAGUCCAAGUAGGUGUUUCGGUAGCAGAUGCAGGUCCUUUUCAUGAGGAGUUUUCGAAGUUUCCUCGCCGUGCCGAUUAGAAGGGCGAUGGGCAGAUCAGAUCCUAGACCAGACAGGCAGAAGGAUCCUAGCGACGACGACAAGAUCAAAGACAAGUAUAAGACUGAGCUGAUAAUCCGCCCCAGGUGCAAGGAAGUCAUCAAGCAGGCGUACAACACAACCCCCGUGGCCAAAAAUUCACCGAAGAACCAGGACAAAAAGAAGGACGACCACACGUCAGACAGGCGGACGGACGACUCUCCCCAGUUCGAGUACAUAAAGAAGAACCUGUGCAUAAAGACCUGCAUAGGCAACGGGGAGGUACUGAGAUUCCAGGUGAAGAAGGUCACCAUAAGGAACUACACCCCCAAGAUAUUGAACCAGGAAAUAAAUAUGGGGAUGUGGAUGUGAGCAAAAGCGUUAUUGUCUCGUUUCUCCAGUGCAAAUAUCCCGUGUUAAAUAUAUAAUCUAGUGUGCAGUAUUGCAGCGUUAAAAAUGUCGAUGUUGGCGGCUAUAGGACAAGUAGCCAACCUCGCAGUGGGCCUAACUGCCAACCCUUUGACGAUUAUAGGGCUGGUGCCGAUCUUCGCCGCCGGUUUGGCUUACAUGAGGUAUCUGUCCGUAGAUCCUGAAACGCAUCCUACGAACGUAAGACACGUAAGUGAUGAGUUUUUCCAU